AUGGCAGACAACAAGACACAGGAUUGGUCUGUCGGCCUUCGUUUUGUUCAACACCAAAAGAACUCUGCUCAUCAUUCCGGUAUCAAGCGCACUCCAUUCAAAGCAAUGUUUGGCAUUGAUCCUAGGGUGGGUCUGGCAUCAUCGAGUCUUCCUCUAGAGAUUCUUGAAAGAUUACAGUCAGAUGAUGACUUGCUCGCUCUCUUUGCUAGCCCUUCAGAAGAUGAAGUUCUUGCUCAAGAUCCCCAGCCUCCACCAGCACCUGCAGCACCAGCUCCCACCUCUCAGCCUACACCUGCUCAUGAUUGCCCGACCCCACCAGCGUCUGCAGCACCAGCUUCCACCUCUCAGCCUACAUCUGUUCAAGACCCCCAAACUUCACAGAACAGAGGAAGAGGGCCAGGGAGGCAUAAAUCUCCCAGGCUGAACAGACUCCUUGCUCUGUCUGAUGUCAACCAAGAAGACGUGGUCUCCCUACGACAGGCUCUGAAGAAAUCAACCACUGGUGGACAAGGAUUUGCCAGAUGUGAUUGUGCUGGAAGUAAGAAGUGUUGUACUAGCAGAUGUAAAUGUUACAAGGCUAAUCUCAAGUGCAAUAGCCGCUAUCAUAGUAAUACCACAUGUCGAAAUAACCAUCCUAUGAGUCAGGCAGCUCGGGAUAAUGCGGACCGGGAUGCUGUAGCCCAGGGUGAUACAGUCCAGGGAAUGCAGCCUAGGGUAUGUAACCACGGUAGUGAGGACUGGGAGCCUUCCACCGUUAUACAAAAUAUGAAGGCUGAAAUAAGAACCAGUGAAAUACAUACACAGGCACACCCAAAGUACAUAAAAAUCACAGACAUCAACAAAUUUUGA